CACGACGAACUUACAAUCGUGGAUAAUUUUUCCGUUGAUUACUCUGCUGCUACGCGAUGUGAUAAAUAUGGCAGCACUUUGUCUUUUGUUUUGAUCGUGCUAUAAUUUGAUUAUGAACGACAGUGUAUCUCAAUGAAUGUAGUGGUCGUAAUGUGAUAAUGACAUAAUGUGACUUGAUCUGCAUUAAAAGAACGAUAUAUGUUAAUAUCAAUAUACGAAAUGAUUAAUUUUCUAUUUUUAAUUCAUUUGGAAACAUAUUACAGUGUCUAAAAACGAACAUAACCAGGAGGAUAAAGAAUUACAUGGAAAAGAAAACUAAAAGAUCAUUCCCUUUUCAAGAGGAUUUUAUGAUAAACAAUCAAAUUAAAAAAUUUAAAGUACAUGUUACUCAAAUGCCAAACAACAUGGAAAACAUAUCUGAAAAUAAUUUUAUAAAAUAUCCAAAAGUGCAAUCCUCAGAAGCAUCAGAUAAAGAAAACGUUUCACUUGUUGAAAAAAUGAGACCAACAAAUAUUGCAGCUUAUGUAGGACAAAAACAAGUUGUUGGUGGAGGAACUGUUUUGAGCCAUUUAUUAGAAAAAGGAGAGAUUCCCAGUAUGAUAUUUUGGGGCCCACCUGGUUGUGGAAAGACCUCCUUAACAAAUGUAAUAGCAUGUUUAAGCAAGGAAAUAACAGGUGACAAUAUGCACAUUGUAAACUUAUCGGCUGCCAGUUCUGGUGUAAAAAAUGUAAAGGAUGCUGUUACUGCUGCAAAGGAUAAAUCUAAAUUUGGAUGCAAGACAAUUGUCUUUAUGGAUGAAAUUCAUUGUUUCAACAAGCUUCAACAAGAUAUAUUUUUGCCACAUGUGGAGACAGGAACUUUUACUUUAAUUGGAUGUACCACAGAAAAUCCGUCUUAUAGUUUGAACCCAGCUUUAUUAAGCCGCUGUCGUGUGUUUGUAUUGAAUAAAUUAUCACAAUGUGAUAUAAUAGAGAUUCUUCAUAAGGCAAUAGAGUAUAUGAAUGGCUCAAUAUCAAACUUUAAAUUUAAUAUUGAUGAUAAGACAAUACAGUGGCUAGCAGAAGCAUGUGAUGGCGAUGCACGUGUAGCUCUAAAUACUUUAGAGUUAUCAGUGCUUGCAAAAACAUCAAACAGAUUAAAAACGUCAUACAGUAAUAACAUUAUAACUAUGAAUGAUAUCAAAGAAAAUUUGAUAAAAACACAUAUGCUUUCUGAAAAAGAAACCAAUCAAAGCCACCACAUAUAUUCUGCGCUUCAUAAAUCUAUAAGAGCGGGUAAAGCAAAUGCAUCUCUAUAUUGGAUGGCCAGAAUUAUGGCAGCUAAAGAAGAUCCAGUAAAUAUUGCGAGGCGCCUAGUUAGGAUAUCUAGCGAAGACAUCGGUCUAGCAGAUCCAGAUGCCUUAGGUGUAGCUGUUCACACAAUGCAUGGAUGUCAAAUGAUUGGUAUGCCAGAAUGUGACGUACUCUUGGGACAAUGCGCGGUUUAUUUGGCAAAAGCACCAAAAUCUCGAUCAGUGUAUAAUGCGUUAAAAAGAACAGAGAAAGUUAUUUUGGAACACAAAGGUCCUCAACCUGCUGUGCCAUUACACAUGAGAUGCAAUUCAACAAAGACACUAGUAAUCUAGUAAGCAACGAAAAUUAUAGCGAGACCUGUUUACCUACAGAAUUAUUGUGUUCAAACUUUUUUUAAUAAAAAGCUAACUUGUAAAUAAUUAAAAAAUAAACUAUAUAAUAUUUGAUAGAUACUUUCACAUGUUCUACUUAUAGCUGUAACUUUUUCAUUAUAAUUUUC